AUGUUGGUGUCAAGACCGACAGAGAUCAACUUCCAAGGAAACGAGCAACGGCCAUUGCUUGGAGAGAAUCUUAACAGUUCAGUUCCAUGGGCUGAAGACCAUCGCUGGUGGGUCCGCAUGCCGGCACAACAGAUUGUUCUGGCGACGACCAUUUUUCGCAACUUGCUUUCCACUGUCUGGAAGGACUUUACUUGGGCCCUUCUUAUCUCCUUGCCAUUCGCGUUGUUAGGAGUUCCACAGGGGUGGGUCUCUGGAUGGGUAUUUGCUCUCAAUUACUUUGCUUUGAUUGCUCUUGAGUCAAGGUUCAUUUCCACCGCAGAAUGGAUAUGGCUGUUCUCUGAUUCUACCAUGACCACCAUUGUUGCCGAAGCUCUACCACAUACUUUCCCCCUGAUGGUCGGGAUUACAGCUAUUGUUUACGGAGAGAUUACUCUUGUCCAAUCAUUCAUUAUUGGUAGCUUGAUUGCAAAUCUCCUCAUGGGUACUGGGCUAAGCUGGUUUGUCGGUGGGCUUCGAUUUAGGGAGCAAACCGCGCCUACAACAGCUAUGAAAAGCAUAGUAUCACUUACCAUGAUUACUGUUUUCCCAUUCAUCCCGCCUAUGUUUAUCGGUCCUUUGUACGAAGCAUACCCGCGCAGCAGGGCUCUUUUUACUCUGACCGUUGCGGACGUCAUCGUUAUGCUGGUUAUCUACGCGAUGUGGCUUUGCUUUAGGUACAGUUCCCAUGCUGAGCUUUUCGAAAAGCUGGAAGAAGCCAACGCUGGUUCAACAGCAAAUGACGGCUCCCCUACCUCUGGUGCAGUAAAUGGAAGAUUUUCGGGGCAAGGAGAAUUGUCCACUGCGUCUCGCCUCAAUUAUGCAAUUUGGCUCAUUGCCAUUCUUGUCCUUGCGAUUCAAUGCUCGGUUUAUCUGAUCCAAGACAUCCCCAGAUUCGUCCAGGACACCUCACUGUCGCGCAUUUUUAUUGGAGCGGCACUCCUUCCAUUUACGAGCAGUCUAUCAAGUUUCGCCAAAACAUGUGCCAUCGCAUACGACAACAGAAUGGAGCUAGCUAUGCAUUUAACCGCUGAGACAGCCCUUGGCGUGGGGCUUUUCAACCUCCCUAUCCUUAUUAUUGCAAGCGUGUGUAUCGGUCAUCGCAUGUUGCUCGAAUUUGAUGUCCUCCUGGAAGUAUUUCUGUUUAUCACGGCAGUUACAACCGCCUUUACAACAGGAUAUGGACUGUUUACUUAUCUAAAAGGCGCUAUUCAUUUAGGACUGUAUGUUCCACCCCCUGCAUCAAAUGAUCGAGGAUUUAUCAUAGACUAA